AUACCGCUGGGUUGCGCAAGAUAUCAAGUGUUGUUGAGCAAACCGCUGGGUAUUGUUCUUGAAGAGGCGAACUCCAGCGGAAUUUAUGUGGCAGAGGUUGUUGAGGGUGGAAAUGCAGCAAGAAGUGGACAGAUCUCAGUGGGUGACCAGCUCAUCUCCACCAGUGGGGUGAUUUACACAACAAGUCAGACUUACGGUGCAACAGAGGUCCGAGGAGGAGAGAAAGUUGUACAGAUGAACACCAUGAACGAGACUUUCGAUUCGGUGUUGGCGGCGAUUGGCUCCCAUCCGGGGCACGUUCCGGUGAGAUUAGAAUUUCAGAGAUGUGGGGACGACCUGUGA